AUGGAAAAAGUAAACCAAACCAACCGUGUCUCUGAGUUUAUCCUCCUGGGACUCUCAUCAAGGCCUGAGGACCAGAAGCCACUCUUUGUCAUCUUCCUCAUCAUGUACCUCAUCACUCUAAUAGGGAACCUGCUCAUCAUUCUAGCCAUCUAUUAUGACCCCCAGCUUCAUACCCCCAUGUAUUUUUUCUUGAGUUUCCUGUCUUUCACUGAUGUUUCCUUCACAACAGCUAUUGUUCCAAACAUGCUGGUGAACUUCUUGUCUGAAAAGAAGACCAUUUCCUAUGCUGGGUGUGUGAUACAGAUGUAUUUUCUCUACGCUUUGGGCAACACUGACAGUUGCAUCUUGGCAGCCAUGGCCAUUGACCGCUAUGUGGCCAUCUGUGAUCCAUUCCACUAUGUUACCACCAUGAGCCACCGCCGCUGUGUCCUGUUGCUGGCCCUCUCCUGUUGCAUUGCUCACCCCCAUUCCCUCCUGCACAUUCUCCUGGUAAACCGCCUCACCUUCUGUGGCUCCAAUGUUAUCCACCACUUUCUCUGUGAUAUAAAUCCUUUGCUGAAAUUGUCCUGCACCUCCACAUAUUUAAAUGAAUUGGUGAUAAAGACAGAAGGGCUGGUUAUUUUGGUGAGCCCCUUUUUAUGUAUUUCUUUUUCUUAUAUACGAAUCCUCAUCACGGUUAUCAAGAUUCCCUCAGCUGCAGGGAAACACAAAGCAUUUUCCACCUGUGGUUCUCACAUCGCUGUGGUAACCCUCUUUUAUGGAAGCAUCUUCUAUGUCUAUUUACAGCCUCUGUCCAGCUACACUGUCAAGGACCGAGUAGCAACAAUCAUCUACACAGUUUUGUCCUCCAUGCUAAAUCCUUUUAUCUACAGCCUGAGAAACAAAGACCUGAAAAGGGUCCUGAAGAAGCUGGUGGGCAGGAGGAAAACGUAG